GAUUGGCUGUAUUGUUACUAUGUCAGUAUCUGGCACAGAAAAAGGUUACACAAAAAACCAAAACAAAAACAUAAAAAAAUUCAUGUCAAACCCACUAAAAAGUACCAAAACAAAAAACCAAUUAAAAAAUAAUUUAUUCUUGGAAAGUGGAAAGAUUUCUCACAAAAGAAGACGUCUCGAGAUUGGAAUAUCAUUAUCCAAGUAAUACUAAUAUAAUUUCAAAAAUUCAAUUUCUUCGUCAUCAUCCUCAAAAUUUCACUAGUUCUUCUCACACUUAGUGUUGGGAGUUUUAAUUUGUUUGAGGGGUUUUAAGGAAAGUACAAUCAUGAUGUAUGGACGGUAGAACAGUGAGAUCUGGUGCAAAAGAUGAGAAGAAAACAGCAAAAGGGAUGCCGAGCUUUGAUAGACAAUUACCAGUUAGCAACUCACUUGUGUUUAAUUCAGCAAAAGCAAGUGGCCUACCAUUUCCUUCUGAUUGCAACCUUAUCGGCACUUCGGAUAAGACUCCAACAUCAUUUACUGUUAAUCCAUCCGCCACCCAAGUUGAAUCUCAAAGGUUGCAGUUAGAAAAAGGUCAACGAACAAAUCUGGUCUCUGUAACUAGUCGUAAUACAGAAAACUGGGGAGAAUCCAAUAUGGCUGAUGCUAGUCCAAGGACCGAUAUCUCAACAGAUGCAGACACAGAUGAAAAAUAUCAGAGGUUUGAUGAAGAAAAAUCUAAUGCUGUUGGGCCUUCUGAUUCUAGUGAUCGAUCAAAGAGUAAUUUGGAUCAAAAGACUCUGCGUAGACUUGCUCAAAAUCGUGAGGCUGCAAGAAAAAGCCGAUUGAGAAAGCAAGCAUAUGUGCAACAGCUGGAGAGUAGUCGUUUGAAGUUGACACAAAUAGAGCAGGAGCUCCAGCGGGCACGUCAACAGGGUAUCUUCAUAUCAAGCUCAGGAGAUCCAAGCCAUGCAAUGGGUGGAAAUGGUGCCAUGGCAUUUGAUGUAGAAUAUGCACGGUGGCUGGAAGAGAAAAGUCGACAAAUAAAUGAGCUGAGAACAGCAGUAAAUUCUCAUGCAAGUGAUGCAGAACUUCGUAUUAUUGUUGAUAGUGCAAUGGCUCACUAUGAUGAAGUUUUCAGGCUGAAGAGCAAUGCAGCUAAGGCAGAUGUUUUCCAUUUGUUGUCAGGCAUGUGGAAAACACCUGCUGAGAGGUGUUUCUUGUGGCUAGGUGGCUUCCGGUCAUCUGAGCUACUAAAGUGUCCGAGGUUCUGUCAGAACACUGACAACUCAGCAAUCAGGUCUCUAUUAGGGGAUGGCCAAGGAAUAUUCAAAAGAAUCCCAUCCUAGGUUUAAGUUUGCAGAAAAAUUAUUAUGCAACCUUUUGCUUAUUAGGACAUCAAGAUUAUGAUGUAGGACUUUUGAAAAAUGGGAAGAAAAUUUGUGGAAAACUUUGUUCAAUAUCAUGUUGAUGGAAGAAAAAGAACGAUGAAUUAUAGUUCUUUAUUGCAGCAUUAUUAGAGCAUGUUAUUACUGACUUUUUGGCUUCUCUAUGUAACACCCCUGCUUUUGGUUCUGAGGAGUUGGUUUAUUUCUGUCUGUUUUUUUCUUUUGUUGACAGGAUCCUACUUUCCUCCUUGAAUGCCAUGUGCCUAAGUAGGCUGUAAACAGCCUUUAUAAUUUUCAUUUAUAUCUUUUUUGGUAAAUCAAAUCACUUUUACUUAUCACAAAUUAUACAAAUAAAUAACUAGGAUUUAUGAGUAACAGGAAGGGGGAGAGGGAGAGGUGAAGAUAUUUGUUUUCUUGUCUUUCCUCCUUUUGCUACCUAUUAAAUCCAUUUCAGGGAUAUUCAUUCUCAGUUUUGUGUGAUAGCUUGUAAAGACCUUGGCUUUCUCUUUUGUCAGUUCACCUUAACCCUAGUAAAAAUAGUAAUCUUUUGGCUGUCUACAGACAAUUUCCCUAAAUAUGAAAUUGCCUUGCAAAAAGGAACAGAAGAAAAAAUGCACAAGGUGGAGUUGACGCUAUGGAUUUUGGUAGGUGGGAGCAAGGAAAGAAUUAGUUGGGAAUUUUUAGGCAAGGUGGGCUGUGAAUGAGAAUGAGGUUGUGAAUGACACCGUGCCUUUAGUUUGGGGCAGCUAUAGGUACACUGUUCCUCAUCCACAGCGUGCCCUUGUAUGGUUAGAAUAGAGGAGCUUUUCUCUCGUCAUCUGACUGCUAUAUGCAUGUUAUAGGCAUUUGUGUAGUAUGUUUGUACACCAUAACAUAUUUCAUUUCAUCUUUCAAUAUACUGGGGAGUAUGACACUGGUAAAAUCUCAUCGUAUCAAUAACCAAACAAUUAAAACUUGAGUUCCUGUUGAUGCAAUUUAAUAAAUGAUUCAAAUUUAAACAUGAAAAGGUGGUAGGAUUCCUUCUAUCCUUAUUCUCAGGUUCCUCCUGAAAAUAAAGUAAAUUCAGCAAAAUAGAGUUGGCAGUGGAUUCAUCUCUUGUUAGCAGUUUUAUACAUCACUUGUUCUGAUUGGAGAACCUUAUGGAUAUGAGGAGCCUUAUCUAAGAUUGUCUGAAAAUUCCUGCUUUCGAAAUUCCUGGUGUAUAUGCAUAAAUCUGAUACAUGUAUAUUC